AUGGAACGCGAUGGCCACGAGCAAGUCGGGGCACACCCCGAUCCCGCGCCUGCCCAGCCCAAGAGUCGCUUCACCUCGCAGUUUGUCAUCACGAGCCCUUCCAAGCGAAAGAGUUUAUUUUCGUUGCCAACACGCCCGAAGGACGCGCCCCGUCCCGCCAGCUCGGAUGGUGACUCCGACACCAGACCUGGACAUAUGACCGAGUCGAAGAUUCCUCGACCUCCGCAACAGCGCAUCUCUCUCGCAGAGGCUUAUAGGAUUGCUGAGGAGGAGGAAGUUGCUCAUCAAGGAUCCCCGAGUCCUGCUCCUCGAUCGUGGCGAUCCUUGCGAAGACCCGGUAGUGCGCAGACGACGGCCAAUCCAAACUCGGUCGACACCAAUUCCGGGAACAGUCCUGACGACGGCAGCUUGAGUUCUCAGCAGAGCGAUAUGUCAGACAGCACUUUCGAUGAGAAGCUCCGCCAACAUGCUCUGGAAACAACGGGCACUGACAGCUCCUCCCGUCGCAACGGGCUGUUUUCAAAAUCCAAGAUCGGAGCCAAAAUUGUCGAGACAGGCAUAGGCCUGGUGCGCAAGACCAGCCGUGGGAAUAUGGACAGCACCCCUUUUGUUCAGACGGGUAAAACAGGGCCUUCUGGAACAUGGUUCUCGCGCCGACUCUCAAGUAGGAAGCGGGAGUCGGGCACUUCCACUCCAUCCCGGAGAUCGGGGGAUUCGGCGCAAGGCGCGCUCAAUCCUUACCACGACCUUCACCAUGGCACCGCCCUCUCUGGUGCCGAGACACCAAACAAGGGUUUUGCUUGGCAAACUGAUGCAGAGUUCACACCGUCAGAUUUGCAAGCUUCUAGCACCCCCCCUGUUGCGAUUGGCCGCAGCAACACCAAGAUUGACGAGAUACGGGCUCGGGAAGUCGAGUUACAUAGCCACCAUUCCGUCGAUAACCUCGCCCAAACGACACGCAAUACUCGUCUUGAAGAUAUUCGCACAUUAGAAGCUAUGAUCUCGUCGACAGAUGAUCGUCAAAGCGGAGUUCCUAAUUCUAGCCCCGUCCCGGAUGGUCAGUCGCAGGCAGAACUAAGUCAUUCUAUGGCCGAGUCUAGGACUCGCGAAAUUGAGAGACUGUCCAAAGGAAUACUGGCCGCUGCAACAUCAGAUGCGCAUCGAAACGACCAAGCUGGAAACGAAAUCCACAUCCCACUCUUCGACAUGGCUUCGAAAGAAAAUCGGGAGCGAUCCCAGAAAUCGUCUCUUCUUGGAAUGCGGCUUCGCAGGAUUGAAAGCGAAGUUCAGUCAAGUCUGCCAGUUCAAACCAUCACAGUCAGUCAGGAAGCACUUGCUCACACCUGUCGUGAUGAGGACCCUUUCUUGAAAAAUCAAGCUGGAGAGAUCAAGCAUGGCCAUGUACUGGAGACGCAAAACAUUCAUCACGGGGAUUCGCUCCCCAGCCAGGAUGCAGGGGAGGAUUCUGGACAUUUGACAACUGCGACGAAAGGCACACUGGAAGCUGAGCUACAUGCUGAGGAGGCCACAGGCAUUCCAACAAGCUUACAGCGAACGGCCGAAGCUACUGUCGGGCAGACGGAGCUGCUUGGCGGCACUAAGAAUGACGUCAGUUCGAUCGCUGGGUUUGCUCCCUUUCGUCGGCGCUUGUCUUCUGAAUCACGACUUUCCAAACGGGCCAGCUUUGUCCACUCGGAUUCAGACCCAAUUGAGCGCAUUGAGGGAGAAAUGAAACUCUUUGCUCCCCAAGACACCCUUUCAGAAAGAGGAUCAUUGAGGGCCCCAUCUCCAGAACUUGAAGCAGAUCGCGUUGUGGAGGAGACCCCAAAGCCCGUCAAGGUUGAUCCUUUAACACAACCCACUCCUCGGAUUACAGGAGCUUAUGUGGAAACUCCAGUGGCUGUGAAGGUCGAAAAGACAGAUGACAACGCGUCUACGGACUUUAAUUCAAAUCAUAAUGGAGUAACCGAUCCUUUGCUGAAUAGGGAUAAGCAAUGCUCGACAGAUGAUGACGCUAACAAAGCUGGGCCAUUGAUUCUUCGAAGCAGGAGAGAGACCCUUACCGACAGCUCUCCGUGCUCCUGGUCUCCAGAUGACCCAACCUGGGGCUAUGCGAUUCCUGUCAAGCUGGACCAAUGGGUGGCUGGAGGCUAUGGUCGAAACCUUAUAAGCCGUCUCAAACCUCAAGUUUCAGACUGGGUUGCCGACCUCUGGGAUGCCGCUACUGGAACUGAUAUCACUACCGUGGACACCUCGCGGUAUACAUGGGAACAAAAGCGACAGCACCGAAGGCGAUUAGCCAAGAAAGGUUUGAUCAAACCAUAUGUGGAGCGCAGGGGUGAUAGGGCUGUUUUCAUCACUAGGGAUUCUAAGUCAACCCAUGAAGACACUGAUGAGACCGCAGAGGAUCCGGGUUUCGAGACAGGAGCAGCCAGAGUACUUAACCCUGGUGAGGGGAUGUGA